AUGGCGGCGCCCAUGCACCUGGCGGCUGCCGUUGCGCUGGCGGCAGUCCUGGCCCUCGCCUCAACGGGUGCGAGCGGCUGCUCCACAGACUUCAACGUCGAUUAUCGCGGCUCGGACAUCAACAACGGGGGGUCCAACAUUGUGGGCUCCGCGCAGGAAUGCUGCGACAAGUGCGAGGCCACCACGGGCUGUGAGUCGUGGACGUACGUCAAAUCUCCAGGAACGCUGGGCACCGGACGCAAGGUGGGCGAGUGCUGGUUGAAGAGGGGCUACAAGCCGGGGUACACCUCCCACCCCUGCUGCACAUCCGGUGUGGUGACCGGGUGCGAGAUGGAGACCAACUACGAUUACCCGGGGCGGGACAUCAACAACGGGAACCUGGAAACAGCGUCGUCGGCGGAGGCCUGCUGCAAAAAGUGCAGGGACAGGUACAACUGCGUGUCUUGGACGUACGUGAAGGAGUACGUGAAGCAAGGAAGCCAGGUCGGGGAGUGCUGGCUGAAGGACGGGUUCAAGCCGAAUCGAAGGUUCGACACCUGCUGCACCUCCGGCACAGUUUGA